AUGAAACAAAAAGAAAAGUUCGAGAAGCUAGCAGUUAAAGUGCGCAAGGAAGAAGUCACUGUGGAUCCGAAAAGAGUAGUGGUACACCUCUCGUCAGAAGUAGUCGAUGAAGCAGCUGUUUCAGUUCUGGCCAAAGGUCUGAAUUUUGCAACUAUACCGAAGAGAAUGCCAGUUGAAGAAAUCAUAAGCACCGUCGAAGUAUCCUUGUUCCGUCUUCCGAAGGUGCAGGCCGAAGAAGUAAGACAAGAUGCGUCGAGAGUUCUUCGGAAAGCGAAACCUCCCAAAAGCAACAUACUGGCGCAGAAAAGAAAAUCUCUUAAUGAACUCAUGAGAAGCGAAAGCAUUGUUGUAUCGAAAUUGGAUAAGGGAAAUGCUACCGUUGUUUUGGACGCUGUGGAUUAUUACAGGAAUAUGGAACAGCUACUAUCUGAUGCUGUGUAUCGCAAGUCAAAAAACGAUCCGACGAACAGAAUCGUUAAGAAAGUGAAAAAUCUGGUUCAGACUCCAGUUUGGACAGCUCUAUUGCAAGAAAUCUGCGAUCAGUGGGAUUAA